AUGGUCGAACAGCAAAGUCGCCCUGCAGUGGUCGAAAUGCGAGAAAUCACUUCCAGUUCAUUUUCAUUCAUCAACAACCGAGUGAACACUAUACGAACAAACGUUCUAUCGGCCAUAUUACGCUACGUCCCCAGUAACCUGAACGCAGCAGACAUAGGAAGCAGAGGACUGGCAGUAGAAGACCUUCUAUAUUCCAAGUUGUGGUUCAAUGGACCAAAAUUUCUUCUCGAUCAAGAAGAAACGUCGCCAGAAGAUAUUACUGAUCCCGCUUCUAACCACGGAGAAGUUGUUGACUGCUUCCUUACGUCUGACACCGAUCCCGCACAUAUUCCACUGUUCGAUGCAUUACAAUUCAGCUCAUGGUUACAACUUCUCAACACUGUGAUAAUCAUCUUGCUCUUCGUCGUCAAGGAAUCCUCAAAGGCAAAACACCGUUUCUCUGACAAGAGGAACCGACUACUUUCUAUCGCAUAA